AUGGGUGUAGUCAUUCCGUUGGUAUCGGUGACUGCAUUCUGGCUCCUCAUCGGUGCCGGAGGACCAUUCUUGGUACCUAAAGGACCCAACAGAGGAAUAAUUCAAACUAUGAUCAUCAUGACAGCCGUCUGCUGCCAUCUCUUCUGGAUCAUGAUCUAUUUGCAUCAGUUGAAUCCUUUGAUCGGCCCUCAGAUCAAUGUCAAGACAAUCCGCUGGAUUUCAUUGAAGUGGGGAGACUCACCGACUCCAGUUCCUCUUGGACAGUAA